CUAUCAACGCUUCCAUUGCCAAAUUCUUCCAUUUCUUCUAUAUAAAGAAUCCAAAGAGUCAAUCGACUCAAAAAGGUCCAAAAGUUUUCAUUCAAAAGAAUCUCUCUGAGAAAAAAAAAAGCAUCAAAUUCAAGGAUGGCAGUUGGAAUAUUGGAAGUGUUCUUGGUUAGUGCAAAAGGCCUUCAAGACUCAGAUUUUCUGGGUGAUAUGGAUCCAUAUGUUAUAAUUCAGUACAAAGGUCAAGAACGCAAAAGCAGUGCGGCCAGAGGUGAUGGAUCUAGUCCAUCGUGGAAUGAAAAAUUCACAUUCAAGGUGGAGUAUCCAGGGUCAGGUGGUGACUACAAGCUAGUUCUUAAAAUCAUGGACAAAGACACCUUCUCUUCUGAUGACUUUGUAGGCCAAGCCACCAUAUUUGUGAAGGAUUUGUUGGCAGUUGGAGCAGAUGAAGGAAGUGCUGAACUACAUCCUACUAAACAUAGUGUAGUUAAUGCUGAACAACGUUAUUGUGGAGAAAUUGUAGUUGGUCUUACUUUCACCAAAAAGGAGGAAAAUGAUGAAGAAGAGUAUGGAGGUUGGAGGGAAAGCGAUUACUAAGUGGUUAAUUUUUGAAAACUAUUAUAUGUGUUUUUAUCACUUUUAAUUAAAGCUCUGGAUUUUUAUUUAUUUAUUUUUAAAGCUUAUGGAAUGUUUAUCUUGUUACGUUUUAUUUUGCAUUUUGUUUUGAACAAUCUCAUUACAAGUUUUAGUCAGAAUUAUCUAUAA